AUGGCCUCCGCCCCACGGUCCUCGCCGUCGUCGUCGACCAACUCCAAGCAGUCGCCACCGUCCUCUAGUAACUCGUCGCCACCGCCCUCCCCCUCGCCACCGCCGCCCUCACAACAAGCAUCAACCUCACCGCCAAAGGUUCAAUCUUCCUCAUUUCCGGCGGCCGAGUUACCACCCCCGCCGCCGCCGCCGCCGCCACCAACAAAAAGCGCUGGUUCUACUAGCUCCAAAGAUGGAAAGAAGAAGUCGCCUUCUUCGUCGUCCUCAGAUAAUACGGCCGCCGUGAUCACUGGUGUGGUGCUUGGAGUGGUGGGUUUCGCGCUGUUGAUGGCGAUCGUGGCGUGCAUGUGCUGCUCCAGGAAGAAGAAGAAGCGUCCGCAACCAAUGAACAUGCCCUUCUACACCGACGAGAAAGGCAAUGUGUACUACCCGAACGCUGGCAUGCCGCCUAUGUGGAAGCAGUAUGGCAGCAACGGCAGCAUCGCUCCUAUGCCGGGAUGGCACCCGCACGGCGGCGGCGGCGGCGGUAACCCUCUGUCGCCACCGCCGGGGUCGAUGGCAGCGCCCCUGAGCGGCGAGAUGGGCGGCCCCUACUCGUCCGGCCCCCACGGCCCCGCCCUCCCGCCGCCUUCCCCGAACGUGGCGCUGGGGUUCUCCAAGAGCUCCUUCUCGUACGAGGAGCUCGCGGCGGCGACGUCGGGGUUCUCCCCGGCGAACAUGCUGGGGCAGGGCGGGUUCGGGUACGUGUACAAGGGCGUGCUCGCCGGCAGCGGGAAGGAGGUGGCGGUGAAGCAGCUCAAGUCCGGCAGCGGGCAGGGGGAGCGCGAGUUCCAGGCGGAGGUGGAGAUCAUCAGCCGCGUGCACCACCGGCACCUGGUGUCGCUGGUGGGCUACUGCAUCGCCGGCAACCAGCGCAUGCUGGUCUACGAGUUCGUGCCCAACAACACGCUGGAGCACCACCUGUACGCCAAGGGCGGCCCCGUGAUGGGCUGGGCCACCCGCAUGAAGAUCGCGCUCGGCUCCGCCAAGGGCCUCGCCUACCUCCACGAGGACUGCCACCCCCGGAUCAUCCACCGCGACAUCAAGGCCGCCAACAUCCUGCUGGACAACAACUUCGAGGCCAUGGUGGCCGACUUCGGGCUCGCCAAGCUCACCACGGACACCAACACGCACGUGUCGACGCGCGUCAUGGGCACCUUCGGCUACCUGGCGCCCGAGUACGCGUCCAGCGGCAAGCUGACGGACCGCUCCGACGUCUUCUCCUUCGGCGUCAUGCUGCUGGAGCUGCUCACCGGGCGGCGGCCCAUCGACACCACCAACUACAUGGAGGACAGCCUCGUGGACUGGGCGCGCCCGCUGCUGGCCGCGGCGCUGGCCGGGGAGGCGGGGUUCGGGGAGCUCGUCGACCCGCGCCUCGGCGGCGAGUACUCGGCCACGGAGGUGGAGCGCCUGGCGGCCUGCGCCGCCGCCAGCACCCGGCACUCGGCGAAGCGGCGGCCCAGGAUGAGCCAGAUCGUGCGCGCGCUCGAGGGCGACGCGUCGCUGGACGACCUGCACCAGGACGGCGUCAAGCCGGGGCAGAGCAUGCUCUUCUCCACCGGCGACGGCGGCGGCUCCCAGAACAUGUCCCGCUUCCGGCAGCUGGCCUUCGACAGCGGCGACUACGACGACUACUCCUCGGACUACAGCACCGACUCCUCCACCGCCUGCCCGCCACGCAGGCCAUAA